UUAUUGCCAAAUCAUUGUAUUUUACCAGUGUUCUGAUAAAUAAGGUUGCAUAACGUUAGUUUACCGUGUGUAAGGACGUCCAAGAGAAAACUAGCUUUGAUUAAAGACAAGAUGGUUUGGCGGCCGUUUCUACGACAUCUGACACAGUCCAGUGUCCGCCUUAGUGACCAGUGUGGAAGACUCAAUAGUACGUGGACAGUGGGAAUACUUGUCCUGUUUGCGGCGUUGACAUUUUACAUACAGACUUCGAACGACACCGUCAGCUGUUGGACACCUGCAGAGUUGACGCCACCGAUGGUAACAUAUGUCAACAAAGCAUGCGGCGAGUCUAAUUCCUACUACCUCCCUAUGGCCGAGAAAAUUCCGGUUCAUAGACAAAGGAAACGAGAUUUUCAAGUUAGUUUUAAAUGGCGAUGGCUUCCACUGAUUCUGCUGGUACAGGCAUUACUGUUCAAGCUUCCUGACAUCGUUCUUUCAGUGGGACAGAGUCUAGUGGGUUUCAGAUUUACAAAGAUCAUCGGACUUACUGACGGUUACGAGUCUCUCAAUAUGGCAGACAGAGCUCAAAUGGGGAGACAAGUUGGUCGGUACAUGAAGAGCUGGAUUGACUCUACUGUGAUGAAGGGAUGUCCAUGGGGAUGGCUUACACUUCUCUUUCUAUUCACAAAACUGUUGUACUUUAUCAACAUCAUCACACAGUUAUCUGUCUUAGAUAGCUUUCUGACGUCUGAAAACCAGACUUCCUUUGGAAGGCAAAUGUAUGAUGAUAUUGUCAGCAACAAAACAAUGGAAUGGCGUUCAUUUGAUCGUUCCUUUACUCGUAUAGUGUUGUGUGAUUUUAAAAUCCGACAACUGCAACGCGAACGAUCAUUUACAGUACAGUGUACCCUCAAUAACAUAACGUACUACGAGAUGGUAUUGUGUUUCCUGUGGAUUUGGUUCGUGUCGUUGUCGGUUAUAACCACGCUCAGUGGUAAGCUACAGUUCUUAACAGUCUUGAUACCAGUUUUUAGGAAAAGGUUCGUCAAGCGUUACCUGUAUCUGUCUAAUGAGGUUUUCCCAACUCCGUCUGACAACGACAUUAGCCGGUUUGCAGGAUCAGAAAUAACGGAGGAAGGUGUUUUCAUACUGAAGGCGAUUGGAGAGGCAUCUUCUGAGCACCUGGUCAGGGACGCGGUCAUCUAUCUGUGGCAAUCUACACAUGAUCAACAGACUCCUGGUCAAUUGGGACCACCAGACCAGGGUGGACCUCCGCCGUACUUGGGUCAAGGGUCAUGUGUACCCGGCCAGACUUACGGACGUGGAGGUGCGGUGUUAUCACCCCCUCCUUCUGCUCCUCCUCAACAGGUUAGAUACCGGCCACAGCCCGGUACCGAAGCAGUCCCUCUGAUGGCAAACCAGCCAAUGUGAAUUGUGUACGGUACAUUCUCUUAAUUCAAACAAUCAAAGGGAUUUGGGCACAAGUUCUGACAACUUACUAGGCCCUCUCUUUAUUAACUUGGGCUAUGAUGUCAAACACUGAUAGGGUGAUAUGUGGAUGGUGCCAUAUCCGUAUAUGAAACACCACACAGAUGUAAAGUAAUACGCUACUGGUGCGUCAUCACCAAACGCUGAUGAUAACCGGCUAGUAUCAAUAAACGUUUAAUAGAACUGUUCUGUAGGGUAAAAAUUGUAUCAGUAUUAAUAGCUAUUUUAUCCAUUGGUUGACAAUCUUUACAAAAAUGUAAAUAAUAAAAUGUACUAUGAUUACGAUCAUGGUUGUAUUGAUGCAAUACCUCUUACCCAACACACACAUGAUCAUACUAAUUGUCAGGUUAGUACAAAUAUAUGUUGUAUCGUCAGUUACCUGUACAGUUUCCUAAAUGUUCUACUAUGCUGAGGACUUCAUGAGAACAAUUAUAGUUAUGCAUUUAUGUCAGAAAAGCAGUGGAAGCUUAUAUGACAGUACAAUACAGCUCUGAUUAGAAAUUAACAACACAUUUUAUUAACAUACAUAUCACCAGAAUUAAAGUAAAAAACAUUAUUGAACUCGUUUGAUUCGUAUGAGAAUUAUAAAAAUAUAUUUAUGAAUGAAUUAUAUUUGUAUUUUCAAUGUCCUUAAUAUUUUAAUUUCUAAUCUGAGCCGUAUGUUUAGGUACAUUUUUCAGUUGACUGAAAGAAAUUAGUAGCAGAUAAAGAAGUUGAGUAUGCCAAUAUGUUAAUUGAAUGAAUACCGGGUAAAAUAACAUAGUGUAAUUCAUUUUAUGUACAUUUAUAUCCAGUACAAAUAUAUUGCAGACUACAUCUCACUCCCCCACCCAGGUAGCACUAUAAAGUCGGCAUCAGUUCCGCGCUAUCACAAGGAGACACACACGAACAUAUCGCAGCCUCCCUAAA